GUGCUCAAGGCCGAAUUGGAAGAGUUGCGGCAGCAGCGGGCCCACUUGCGACAGCAAAUCAAGGUGAACCGUGCGCAAACCAAGGACGCCAACCGACGAAAGAAGAAGUUGUUGAAAGCUGCGCGGCAGCUGAAUGUGGAGGACCUGAAGAGCUUGGUUGCGCUAAAAGCAGCGGACUGA